GUGGCUGGGACGCGCGGGGGCGGGGUCUGGCGGGAGCGUGGGCCGGGGGCCUGUGCUCGGGGCAGGGACACUGGUGGCCCGGCUGGGACGGAGGACCUGGGCGCUUGCGCUGCUCCGGUGGGUUCCACGCGGAGCCGCUGGUCCCUGCGCCCUGCGCCGGCGGCCUCGCCAUGUUCACCUUUGUGGUUCGCGAUGAGAACAGCAGCGUCUACGCCGAGGUCUCCCGGCUGCUGGUCGCAUCUGGCCACUGGAAGAGGCUGCGGCGGGACAACCCCAGGUUCAACCUGAUGCUGGGGGAGCGGAACCGGCUGCCUUUCGGGAGACUGGGUCACGAGCCUGGGCUGGUGCAGCUGGUGAAUUACUACAGGGGGGCUGACAAACUGUGCCGCAAAGCCUCUCUAGUGAAGCUAAUCAAGACAAGCCCAGAACUGGCGGAGUCCUGCACGUGGUUCCCCGAGUCCUACGUUAUCUACCCCACCAACCUGAAGACCCCAGCCGCUCCCAUACAGAAUGGGACCCACCUGCCCAUCCAUAACUCCAGGACGGACGAGAGGGAAUCCUUCCUGGCAUCUUACAACAAAAAGAAGGAGGAUGGAGAGAGCAACGUUUGGAUCGCAAAGUCAUCUGCCGGGGCCAAAGGGGAAGGCAUUCUCAUCUCCUUGGAGGCCACAGAACUUCUGGACUUCAUAGACUGCCAAGGCCAGGUGCAUGUGAUCCAAAAGUACCUAGAGCGCCCUCUGCUGCUUGAGCCAGGUCAUCGCAAGUUCGACAUUCGGAGCUGGGUCUUGCUGGAUCACCAGUAUAACAUCUACCUCUAUCGUGAAGGCGUGCUGCGGACUGCAUCAGAACCGUAUCAUGCCGAUAAUUUCCAAGACAAAACCUGCCACUUGACCAAUCACUGCAUUCAAAAGGAACACUCGAAGAACUAUGGGAAAUAUGAAGAAGGGAACGAAAUGUUCUUUGAAGAGUUCAGUCAGUACCUGACAGCUGCUUUGAACAUCACACUGGAAAAUACUAUCUUACUACAGAUCAAACACAUCAUAAGGAGCUGCCUCAUGAGCGUGGAGCCCGCCAUCAGCACACGGCACCUCCCUUACCACAGUUUCCAGCUGUUUGGCUUCGACUUCAUGGUAGACGAGGAGCUGAAGGUCUGGCUCAUUGAGGUCAACGGUGCCCCCGCUUGUGCUCAGAAGCUCUACGCAGAACUGUGCCAGGGAAUCGUGGACAUGGCCAUCUCCAGCGUCUUCCCGCCCCCGGACGCCGAGCAGCAGCAGAGCCGGCCGACUGCCUUUGUCAGGCUGUGACUAAGGGCCGAGCGCGGGGUCCUGCUCCGGAGAAGCCAAACGAGAAAGAGGCAGCUGGCAAAGACAGGAUGGAGGAGACAGUGUGACAGCGGAGGUGACUCCCAAGAGCGGCCACUCAGGGCCCCUGAGGGGAGAACAAAAUGCUCUUCUAAGGGGAAGACACUGGGAUUUGGUUGUUUUAUGUUCUCAUCCUUUAAAGAAUCGGGCUUCUGUCCUAAGGCAGCCAUGUGAGCUGUGCCGCUCCUUCCUGGGGACCAUUGGACCUUUGGUGUCCCCACCUGCUGCAGCCUUCGUGCCUUAGCUCUAUGCCCACCGCCACCUUCUGUUUGCAUGGGGAUUGGAUGCUACAGUGUUGGGGAGUUGCCAAUGUGACCCUGCCCAUCCCCCCAUGACACUCUGGACAGGUGUGUGCGGGCAGCCCUGGGUUCUGUGGCCUCGCGGGGCAGGGCUUUCUCCUGUCCCCGUUCCUGAGCCCUUGGGUCAGUCCCCUGUCAGGUUGGUGUGGGCCGGGCACCAACACAGCAUGCUGCUCUCUGCAUGUUUUACAAACCAAGCAGCAUGUUGGCCACAGCCCGUUAGCAUCAAAUAAGCAUGAAAGAAAAAACACAAAGUCUUGCUUUACGCAGUAGUUGAGUGCCCUUGAAAUAUGAUGCUCUCAGUCACCUUAGUUUUAACCAGAAUUCCACAGCACUUUGGCAGAGUUCCCCGGUGCUCACAAUUUUCAUUUUCACUUUUGUGAAAACCCCUCUCGGGGUCAGAAGGUAAAAUUCCUGGCCCUGGGGUGGCACUGCCCCAGGACAGAGAGUCCCUGCCGCCUCACUCUCCAUACUCGCCAUGCACCUUCUGCCGAUGCUGGAGCGGGGAGGUUCUGUUCCAGUGAGCGGCCUCUGUCCUGGGGACAGGCUCUCCCCAGAUGGAAAAGGUGGGGUUCCAGAGCUCCACACAGCAUCUCAUAGGCCAACAGAAGUGUCCCAUUGGGUGUGGUUUCCACCCCUCAGGUUGACUAGUAUGCUGCAGACUUUUAAGGAGGCCACGUCACCAGCAGUGGGAAGGACAAGUGCUACUUGUGUUGGCUGAGCUGGGUGAGCGUGCCCUUCCUAGACAGUGCUGGGCGUCCCAGCAGACCCCUGGACCACGCACCUCCUCCUGGGAACUUGGUGUGUGUGCCCUUUCUGCAUAUGUGUGCUCAUUAUCCAUUCUGCUUGCACAAAAAGGCAGUCCUGCACUUGGGGAGAUGUUUUUAAAAGGAGAAGGAAAAACAACAGCUCCUCAAACAUGAUGGGAAGAGGGAGCUUACAGUGAAAAGGGAACGAUAAAAAUAUAGAUGCAGCAAUGGGUGUAGCAUGUGAAAAUGUGACAGCAGGGUGAUGGGGACAAAGGCCCAGCUGGGUUGAUUCACAUGGAGAUUUGCAAUUACAAAACCAAGUCCUGGUUUUUACCCAGUCUAGAUCAUGAAGUUUGCAUGCAGAGCAGAAUGGAACAUUCAGUGGUAAAAGUCACUCCUGGAGGCCCAGCGAGCUGCUGGGUUGGUGUUUGGGGACAUGUAGGUCAUGGCCAGGUGCACACCCACUUAGAGAGUGAGGGGUACUGGGUCCUUGUGAUGUCUGUGUGGGCUGGUAAUGGGGAAAGUUUGGAGGUUUUUAAAGUGCUAUGACAUGUGUAUGCAGGUAUGUCAUGAUCUUUGGCAUCUAAACUACAGGGAUGCUUGAGAGUUCUCCAGCUGCUAAGCGACAGAGCUAAGAGUUCAGACGUUAGGAAGUCUGUGGGUCAUGAUGGAUUUUCUAAGAAGCCUGAAUCAAUAGCAUAUAUGUGACAGAAGUGAGGCUUUAAAAGGAAGUGAUGCUUCAUUCAUUCCUCAGUGGUUUCAGAUAAGUACUUAUUUUAUGAGUUUAUUUCCAAUUGGGGGGUGGUUGGCUCAGAACUGUUCCAUACCCUUGGAUGUCCUUGCACCGAUGGUCCUGCCUGGCUACCUAGUCAGUUCUACAUGUGUCCGUGUUUGUGUCGCCAGCUGCUGAGAGGUGUUACUCAUUGGAGAUGCCCCCUCCAGUCUUGGUUCUGUCCUUGGCCACUCAGUGUCAGACGGACCGUAACCUCUCUGCGCUUUUGCUUCUUGUCUCACAGGAGGGAUCGUUGCCUGAUCCGGGACUACCUCAUAGGCUUUAGCAAGGACAGGUGAGGUCAGGAAGACUCAAGGACUGUCAGUACCAAGGUUCCCAGUGCUGUGUGCUGGGAUCACUUGGGAUGCUUGUAGCAGUGCUGGUGUCCACACCGUACCCCUCCCCCACUCUGACAAUUAACCGGAACCUCAGGCAUCAUUGUGCUUAGAGGUGCCUUGAACUGCUUGAGAUGGGAGGACAAACACAUUACAAUUACCUGUGAAGAAUAAAAUAAGGCCUAGAGCUUUUGGAAGAACAGGUGUCUCUUUAAGAAUGACCAGAUGUUGACACGGGUACUCAUGCAACUAGGAAGUCCUGACUAAGCAGCUUCUUUGUUUCAUGUUAAACAGCCUUGAUCUACCUAGUCUGUGAAGCCGUGGCAACAAGUGUAAACAGACGGAGGCUUAUAAAUCUGCUAACUACGUGUUAAGGUUACUAAUUAUUGAGAGACAAACCCCUUUCCUCACACUAAUUCCUGUGGGGAUUGCAAGCUCCACUCUGCCCAGAACAUUCAAAUGCCUCAGUGCCUGAUGCGGUGGAGCAGGUGCUGGCAUACUUAUUGGCUGAUACGAUGUCCCCCUCGCGCCUUGCACAAUUGUCCCAGUCUUGGGAUACGUGGUUGUGCUGGGACAGUCCGGGAUGCACAGAACCCACAGCGCAGUGAAGCUACACAGUGUAUUUCAUGAGCAGUUGCGGUUGUGUCAAGUGGGGUGGAUCCAGCCCUCUUGUAGGUGUGGUGGGGACACCACGAAAGAAGUCAGGCACCGGAGUGGCCCCCACAGCAUGUUCUGCUAUAAAGGAAUUCAGUGAUACCCUCGUCUCUGAUUGUGGAAAGACUCUGUACCUAGGAGGACAUGACUUCUGAAAUAGGGCGAUCUUAUGAAUAUUUAAAAUGCCUGGAGCAUUAAAGUAAUAAUAUUUCAAGUGUUUUUGAUCCCUGUGGUCCCAUAGUCUUACCGUGGGUUUUGACUAUCCUAGGACAUCGCUGGUUGUUUGAAUCCAUUAUUCUAUUACCCAGCCACAGGCAGACUUUCUGUAAAGGGCCAAACAGUAAAUGUUCUAGACUUUGCAAGCCAUAUGAGGUCUCUGUU